AUGGCGGACCCCAUCGGCCUCCCACUGUCCCAGGACGACCUGUUCGACCAGAUCCCCCCGUCUUCGCAAUCGUUAGCGUCAUCACCUCCGCCGCCAUCCUCACCUCUCCGGGGCCGCAGCAGCAACAAGAUCAGGAAGCCUCCGCCUAUUACUCCCAAGCGUUUCAACAAAUUCUUUACUCCUAGGACUACCAGAAGCAGCACUGGCCAUGGUGCCUCCGGCCGUCAGUUGCGUGACAUCACCCGCAAUGCUGUGAACCGGAAGAAGGCCACUCCCAGGCGCACUGUCGUCUUUUCGGACGCCAAUGUUGCUGACUCCGAGAACUUCGUCACUCCUAAGCUUGGCUCCAAGAAAAGGAAGCUCCUACCUUCGCCUGAGAGUUCCCCUAUCCAACCAUCGCCCUCUAAGAAAGCCCGGAGUUACACCCAUACUGUCAAUUUCGAUAUUGCCGAGGAUGACGAGGUAGCUUCGGAUGCUGAGACGACAAUCCUUGAGGAGAACGAAGAGGAAGAAGAGGAAGAAGAGGAAGAGGAGGUGGAGGUCUAUUGCGAGCCAAUUCGUCGCGCUCCCAUUUCCAACACCUCUGGUCGACUCCUUACUCGGACGUUUGGUGGUCGGCGUGGAACAGGACGUGGAAAAAUCUAUGAUCAUUGUGGUGAUUGGAGGGAUCAGACGGCCAACUUUUACACUGGAAGGGAUGAUGUUCAUUCUUUCCCGUCAGAUAUUCCGUUCUGUACUGCUGCAUGUAACACUAACUCCUUGGUUGCCAUUGGAGAUGAAGACGGAACCAUCGUAUUGUUAGAGUCGGCUAAAGCUAGCACUCCGCCUUUCGAAACCCCUUACGUCAAGUUUAAGCCGCAUAGCAACGCUGUUAUGGAUCUCGCUUUCUCCUCCGAUGACCUUUUACUCGCCACGGCCUCUGGUGACCAGACUGGCCACGUCAUCGAUGUCAAGACUCAGCAAAGCAUUUUUGUCCUGGGUGGUUCCACCGGUCACCAAUCGUCUGUUAAACAGGUCCGAUUUCAGCCCGGAAACGAUGAUAUUGUCGUCAGUUCGGCCCGCGAUGGCAGUGUGCAAAUCUGGGAUCUCAGGGUCAAUGGAUCUCACGGCGCUAUUAGGAAUCUCAUUGGUUUCGAUGGACAGUCAACCGUCCAGGAGAGCAAUUGCCUAUACAUUGGCCCCUGGAACUCAAUCACUGGAGCCCACGCUGAGCGCCAUAGUGUGGGUAAUGUAGCAUCGCAUGCCAAUGCAGCACACAGGGAUGGUCCCUCGAAGGGUGAAGUACCUGGCCGUCGUGGCGAUGUAUCCAUUACGGCUAUUUCCUUCCUGAAUUCACCAGGCCGCGAACACCUCCUGCUUACCGCCUCUGAAGCCUCUACAGCGGUGAAGCUCUGGGAUAUUCGCGGCAGUCGCCUCUAUGCUCUAAGCAGAGACAACACCAUCUACGCAUAUUCGACGAGUCACUUGGUCUUGGGUCACGCCCCUGAGCUCUUGGCCACCAACAGUGACAAGAGGAAGUUUGCCAGCCCCGACAAGGAAGGUUUAGGACCGCUCUAUGGCUUCAGACAUCCCAGGCUCCAUGCGACCAGCUUCUGGGUCAAGACUUCAGUCCGCAAAGCCAAGGGGGAUAAGGAGGAAAUGCUGGCCGUGGGCUCGAGCGAUGGUUCCCCAAUCUUGUUCCCAACUGACGAGACAAUGCUCAAGCGUACCAUUGCGCCAUCUUCGUCACGUCCAUCCACGUCCGACUCUACGGUUGCCGGACCUCGCUCGAUCCUUCGUCGCAGCAUGUGUUCCUUCCACGGUCGUAUGAACGACACGAUUCCCAUCUAUAAUCGUGGUACGCCGCUUGUGCGGGGUCACCAGAAGGAGGUUACGGGCCUGACUUGGACGAGUGAAGGCGAGCUUAUCACCAUCGGCGAUGACUACACGGCGAGGUGCUGGCGUGAGAACCGUGAGGUUGCCAGAGACCUCAGGGUCGGUGGCGAGGCUGGUGGUAGGAGGUGGAACUAUGGCUGGGCAGAUGUCGGCGCUGACUACGACGACGACGAUUGA